GGGGGAUAUAGGGAGGCCGACGCCUUCAGACAGAAACGGAGUCGAGGUUGUUUUGUGAGAAGGAUUAAUGAGCUCCAGAAACAUAGAGGCGCCUCUUCCUUUACUCACAUUUCUAUUACACGGCUUUGCCAUCUUACACAUUGAACGAUCACGGUUAUUAUAUGGAAUACAGGUCAUUGUGUGCGUCUGUUGCCAGUGCGAGCGAUGUCACCGCCGCCAUCUUUAUUGUGAUUUCUAGGCUCCUUCAGAAAGAUGCAGAGCAGGAGUAUCAGAUGAGGUCAGACAUUCAGUAUAUGAGACAAGAACUCUCUAAUAUCAGCAUGAUGGACGAGUUUGCCAGAUACGCCAGAUUGGAGCGCAAAAUUAACAAGAUGACCGACAAACUGAAAACACAUGUAAAAAGCAGGACGGCACAACUAUCAAAAAUCAAGUGGGUCAUCAGCAUUGUCUUCUACGUAUUACAGGCAGCUUUGAUGGUGUCCCUCAUAUGGAAAUACUACUCGGAGCCGGUCACUGUACUGCCCAGUAAAUGGAUCGCACCGCUAGAAAGACUUGUGGCAUUUCCCACUGGAAUUUCAGGCGGUGUAGGAAUUACAUGUUGGCUUGUGGUCUGCAACAAAGUGGUGGCCAUUAUGCUGUAUCCUAUCAGCUAAGAAGAAUGACAUUCCUUCAGUAGUUCCAUCUGUAUGCAUGCGGUUCUGUGCCAGUCAUUAAUUGUAUGUAUUUAUUCCCAAUAUGUGGGUUGCCUUAUUUGCCCAGUACAAGGCAUUUUUACAUGGUGCAUUGUGUGAAAUUAAAAAAAAGAAUAUUUUUUUUUGGCAGGCAUAGUCUCUUGUAAAUGCAAGGUAAAUUCAGAGCCCUGUACUUUUUGUGUAACAGGUCCAAUCAGUAAUGAUUGUGUGUAUUUUGUGUGAAUGUGCACAAUUUGGCAUGUUGGCUGUUGUUCAGAUGUUAAUAAAGAAGUACUUGGGCCUUUA